CAGGUGAUAAUUAUCAGGCCAGCCCGGGUGGCUGUUCGGCCUGGGUGCUGUCGUUGCAGUGCGAACAGCCACUCGGUCGUUGUGACGGAAAACGGGCUAAUGUUGUAGAAAAGUAACGCGAGCUAAUUAGCAUUCGGUGGCUAACGGUGCCAGCAGCAGCAGCAGCGGCGGCAGCGUGUUAAAGACCCUCCACAGCUCUCUGCUUCCAGUCAGAGGCUCUAACAAGACAACCCGAGAUGAUCACAACUUAAAGCCGCGAUACGACCACCGAUAACGGACGUUUUAUUACACUUUUCCAGCCUGGUUAUACCUGCAUUGUGCGGGAAUCUGCAAAACAUACCAGGCGUUUAUUAUUCAGCAGCUCAGCCAGGUAGGGCGGCUGCCUCUCAACGACAGUGGGGGCUCUCCCAUGACCCCCCCCUCCAUCCGAUGAACCCCCUCAACUACAUGAAACCCUCCCUGCCUCCCACGCCACAAAGCAGUGACGGCCCCUUCCUAAAUGACCCAGUCUCCUGGCAACCAGGCACCAAUCAGCACCCAGGAUCUCUCUCUGUAGUAACCACAGUGUGGGGCGUGACCAAUCCCACACACAGCCAGGUGUUCGCCACAGCCAUGGGUCCCGGUGAGAGCUCUGGUGGUCACAUGAUGCCCGGGGGCAGUCCCGGGAUGGGUCCCGGCAUGGGCUCUCAGUUCAUGGGGCAGCAGUCGUACGGGGACGCCGUCUCUAAAGGGUACGGACAGCCCGUGAUGUAUGGACGUCCCGGUGCUGGGUAUAACCCCGCCUCAGCGUACGGGGGAAGUUACCCUGGUAACAGCGGAGGUGCCGGUCUGGGCGUCCGUCCUCCCUCAGACUUCACGCAGGCUGCUGCCGCCGCCGUUGCCGCCGCCGCAGCCACUGCAACCGCCACUGCCACGGCGACUGUCGCAGCAAUCCAGGAGAAACAGAACCAGGAGCUGAGCUAUGGACAGAUGGGCGGAGCCUCCUCUUACAGCACCCAGUUCCUGUCUCACUCUGGGCCUCGGGGCCCCCCAGGGAUGGUCUCCUCCAGGACGGGACCCCCACCCUCCAGCGGGGGGAUGUAUCCCUCCCACCCUGCUCAGGGUCAGAAGAUGCCCCAGCAUGGAGGAGGGUACCCCGGAGGGCAUCAAGGACUCAAACGACCUUUUCACUCAGAGGGUUUUCCCGUGCAGCAGUACGGCUCUGGUGGGAUGUCCGGGUACCCUAACCAGCCCCUUCAGUACCCCGCAGGACCUCAGCAGCGCUGCCCCCCCUCCCCGUCUUACCCCUCCACCAGGAUGCCUCUCAUGGGGCAGUACGGCUCCGGAUCACAACACCCGGGACAGUUUCCUCCUGGAGCCGGACCGCCCAACCCUCCACAGUACUACAAGUCGGAGCCGUUUAACGGUCAGGGCGGUCUGCCGUCUGCAGGCGCCGGAGGAUACAAUGCCUUCACUCAGGCUGCAGUCAGCGGGGUGAGUCGUCCAGGUCGGGGGGGAGGAGUCAUGCCCGGGUAUCCGAGUUCACCGAUGGGAGGGAACCCGACGCCUCCGAUGACGCCCGGAACCUCCAUACCGCCCUACCUGUCCCCGGGUCAGGACACCAAACCCCCCUACCUCCCACCGGACACCAAACCCAGCAUCAUCUCCCAGCAGCCCCCUACAGGUAACCCGAGCGACGACCUGCGCCUGACGUUCCCGGUCCGAGACGGCGUGGUGUUGGAGCCGUUCAGACUGGAGCACAACCUCGCCGUCAGUAACCACGCCUUCCAGCUGAGAGACUCCGUCUACAAAACGCUAAUGCUGAGGCCGGACCUGGAGUUACAGUUUAAGUGUUACCACCAUGAAGACAGACAGAUGAACACUAACUGGCCCGCCUCUGUGCAAGCGACGCCCAGAAAUUACCCCGUGACCCCCGCGGGGGUCGAGACCCCGAGGUUGAGAAUCUCUGCUGUCAGCGUGAACGCCACUCCUCUGUGCAUCGAAAGAGGUGACAACAAAACGUCCCACAAGCCCCUCUACCUGAAGCAGGUGUGCCAACCAGGACGCAACACGGUGCAGAUCACAGUCACCGCCUGCUGCUGCUCUCACCUGUUUGUGCUGCAGCUGGUCCACCGGCCGUCUGUGCGCUCGGUGCUGCAGGGUUUGAUGAAGAAGAGACUCCUGCCGGCCGAGCACUGCAUCACCAAGAUAAAGAGAAACUUCAGCAGCGGCACGAUCCCCGGGACCCCCGGUCUGAACGGAGAGGACGGCGUGGAGCAGACGGCGAUCAAAGUUUCUCUAAAAUGUCCGAUCACGUUCAGACGAAUCCAGCUGCCAGCCAGAGGGCACGACUGCAGACACAUACAGUGUUUCGACCUCGAGUCGUAUCUGCAGCUCAACUGUGAACGAGGGACCUGGAGGUGUCCUGUGUGCAAUAAAACUGCUCUGCUAGAAGGUCUGGAGGUGGACCAGUACAUGCUGGGGAUUCUGGUCUACAUCCAGAACUCGGACUACGAGGAGAUCACCAUAGACCCGGUGUGCGGGUGGAGGCCGGUACCCGUCAAACCGGACCUGCACAUAAAGGAGGAGCCCGACGGGCCGGUGCUGAAGCGCUGCCGGACGGUCAGCCCGAGUCACAUGGUCCUGCCCAACGUGAUGGAGAUGAUCGCCGCUCUGGGCCCGGCGUCGUCGCCGUACCAGAGUCUGACAGCAGGGGGCCGGAACACGCCGGACUACAACAGACCAGGGAGUCAGGGGUUCUCCAGCCAAUCAGGAUUCACAGACUUCCCCAACACGCCCGGCACCCCGACUCUUGGAGAGUACGCCUCCUCGGGACCUCCUCAUCCUCCUCCGCUCCCCUAUCAGUCUGAGCAGACGUCUCACUCUGGAAGAAUCGAACACUCCCACAGCAUCCUCCAGCAGCACAGUUCAGGUGUUCACGGGAAUCAGAGUCUCGGUGACGCCGGCAGUCCGCUACCUCAGCGGAACACCAACUCCCAGAGUUCCCGGCUGCAGAGCGAAGGCUCCUUUGGCCUGGGAGGUCCGGGAGCACCUGGAGGAGAGGGAGCCGAUCAUAGUCUAGAUCUUCUUCCUGAGCUGACCAACCCGGACGAGCUGCUGUCGUACCUCGGCCCCCCCGACCUCCCCAACAACAGCAGUGAUGACCUGCUGUCUCUGUUCGAGAACAACUGAGCGCCUUCACGCGUCACUCCGCUCAUCUUCCAGCUCGAACCUCUCUGCUCCUGUCUGCUGUAGCCCCGCCUCCAUCGGUUAAAAAAACAGCACCGUGUGUGUGUGUGUGUGUGUGUGUGUGUGUGUGUGUGUGUGUGUGUGUGUGUGUGUGUGUGUGUGUGUGUGUGUGUGUGUGUGUGUGUGUGUGUGUGUGUGUGUGUGUGUGUGUGUGUGUGUGUGUGUGUGUGUGUGUGUGUGUGUGUGUGUGUGUGUGUGUGUGUGUGUGUGUGUGUGUGUGUGUGUGUGAGAGGGUGUGUGUGUGUGUGUGUGUGUGUGUGUGUGUGUGUGUGUGUGUGUGUGUGUGCAAGCGUUUCUGUGGGUGUCUUUGUCGCCCUGCUGUACUUGGACGUUGUUUCAGUGCAGAUUUCAGGAGCAGGAGGAAAAACAUGUGAACACUGUUUGUGAUGAAGAACUGAACAGAACACAGCACUGACUCUGCAGACCAGCAUCUUUAGCUAUAGCACAAAACCCACGGGCUGAAGGAUGUGAAAAUACAGGAGAUAAUUUAUACAUUUUAUGGGUAAAAGGAGAACACAAUGGAGGAGUUUCAGACGUUUGAAUACAGUGGUUCCCAAACUGUUUCUUUUUUCUAGGAGUAGCAGAGAGAACUCCCAUGAGUCCCUGCUAGCCUCAACUUCAUCUUUUGUUAUUGUAGUAUUGCUUGAGAGCCCCCUGGUAGCUGAAUCUACAUACUGUAUCUUAAAGCCUGGACGCUGGAAACAUUAUGCACGAGUGCAACUCACCGUACGUCUUCAAUCAGAGCUCGUUUGUUUCAUAUUCAGGUGUAGUUCACGUCCUCACUGAGGCAGCGAUCAGACCUGACCUGCCACAUCGGUUUGAAGUGUUGCAGCAGUCGUUGGCCUCGUUGUGUCUUCUGUUGUACCUCGGCUCAUUCAUCAACCGCUAAAAUUUACUUUCACAAACUUCUUGCAGCUUUUUUUUUUAAAACUCUCCGACCUCGAGGUGAACCUCCCAGUUUGGGCGCCACUGUAGAACACUUAGAGACGUGUGAUGUUGUAUUUUUCUUACUGUCAAUGACUCCCUGGAGGAAAAAGUUAAAACACAGUAUCGGAGUCUGUUCCAACUUUAUUCAUAAGAGAAACCUAUCUGGGUACUUUGCCCAGCCGAUGCAAGCGCCGCCCCUUCCUGGGUGAAAACAUCCCAUCUACCUGAAUGGAGGUAAAUGGAAAAGACGGGCUCUCAAGAGAUUUAAAAGCUUAAAAUCAGAAAACUUUUAUGUAUGACGAGGAGCUGAAACCCGACGAGCAGUGAUGUAAACAUGUAAAUGACUUUUCUGAACAGGCGGGCAUCAUGACAUUAUAAAAUAAACACACGUACAGGUUUACAGGAGUGUCUCUUCAGUCUCUCUCAAACUGUUCCAGAGGAGUCUGAACCCGACAUCCCACACCUGAUGUGUGAACAUCAUGCUACCUUAGCGGGAUCAGCACUUUUAAAUAGUAUUUCUUUGUAAUUGUUUCUAGCUGCUGCUGUCACAGAUAGGUCGCCCGCUCAGAAAUAGGCUAACACAAAUCAGAUGCUAUCAAAAAAGAAGCGUUAGCAUUCAGCCACCAUAUUACCAACAUUUUAGUAAGCUAACACUUACGUAAGCUAGGAAGUUAUUCCUUUCCAUUUAAAACGUUCAAAAGCUACCAUUAGCAUUCAGCCAUUUCAUAGCUAACAUUUACCAGAUCUUGGAAGCUAGCUAACAGUUAAGCUAACGUAAAUGUAAGCUAAGUAAUUCAUUCCUCUCCUGUGCUAUCAAAAAGCAAUGUUAGCAUUCAGCCACUUCUUAGCCUAUAUUUUAGUGAGCUAACACUUACAUAAGCUAGGAAUUUACUCCUUUCCAUUUGAAACUUUACAAAAAAUCGUCCAUUAAUAUUCAGCCAUUUCAUUGCAAACAUUUACGUUAUCUUGGAAACUAGCCUAGAAAUAAGCUAACACAAAAGUUUGCUAGGAAGUUAAUCCUCUCCUAGCUAGCAAAAGGUAACCAUUCAGCCCCUUUCGUCUUCUAAAAUUCACGUAGCAAUGAGGUGGCCUAAUGCUAACCAUAGCUGAGUAGCUACUCAAAUAUGGCGUGAUGCUCCUUUAGAUUUUCACUCACUCUUACAGCUGGUUAAUCUGAAAGCGGUAACAUGAUAAUAUUUUGUCCUGCUAACUUCAAAAUUAUUCCGAUUUAAAACCUCGGGCACAGAAGGAAAUUAGCUGUCGUAUUUAUGUUUGAGUUAUUAGAAACAUCUGGUUUAAGUCUUUCAUGGGAUUUGUUGGCAGUAAGAAAAUAUAUAAUAUCUUCUUUUCUGUAAGAUACAGGCAGUGAAAGGGGUCAAGUUUCUUUCUACUGAUUUUUACUGAAUACAAAAUAGAGAAAAGAUUAAAAUAAGACCUUCAAAAAAAAAAAGAAAAGCCCGGCCUGUGAAUGCGAUGCCCGGAUGUAACAUAGACUUUUUUUUUUUUUUUUUUACUCCGCUGAGGUUCAUUGUAUCUCUGACGUCCUUCGGCACUGUGAACAAUAUAAAAACUCCUCUCCGUUACGCUCGCCCUCUAUUGGGGGAUUUUUCAGCAUUCUGUAAAUGAGAUCUGUGUGUCGUGGCAUUUUUCUGCCAUUUGAGAGCUUUUAGUUUUUGUUUUUUUUGGAUCGUUUGAAAUGUAUAACCCAUCAUGACACAGGGUUUGUGUACUGUAUAAUUAGCUGUUUUCAUUAGAGAACGUGUGUGUAUCAAAUGAAUUGUUAACCAUGGUCAUUUUUAUUGUUAUUAGUUGGAUAAUGGAUCAUUGUUGGCACUGUAUACAUACAUGUAUGUUAGAAAUCUAUAAAGCAAAUUGUACAUCAGAAAACAGUCAGCUGAUAUUGACUAACACGGUUAAAGACGCAGAAAUUAUUCUUAAUACCACUUUUUAAAGCUGACCGUGUUUUCUACGAAGACUUGCUGUCUGACGUUUCCCGAGUGAAGGCAACGUGAUAAAAAUAAAAAACUAAUUGAGCUUCACAGAAAUCUUAUAUUUGGAAAUGAUGAACUAUUUAAGUGCAAAUUUGCUACAACAAAAAAGCAUUUUUUUUUUUUUAAAUGUGUAAACUAUUCCACAUAUUUUGUAACACAUUGUAAUUGCCAUUAUUUUCUAUUUAUUUUUUAAUCAUAAUCGUCAUUGUACUUACAGUUUCCUUGUCCCCGCCCUGGAUCUUCAAUUCAGAAUUAAAAAAUCACUUUAUUUGA